UCGAGACUUCCGGUUUAUAACCGGUGGCGUGUUUUCAAACCAAAGUGGACGCAAACGGAAGACAAAAACUAAAGGAUGGAGUCCCCACCCACAAGAGAACAUCAAAGAGAAAGUCCAGAGUCUCCUCUCCCCUCCAUCUCUGAGCGUCUUGCGUACCUGCGGCCGUCUCGCGAGCUGCUGGAGUUUUACAGACAGAAGGUGGCUCAGUUUGAUGGAGAACAUGAAGAUCUGCUGCAGAUGAUGGAGAAAUACAGGAGCACUGCAGAGGAGCAGCACAAGUUACAGUGGGAGGUCCGUCAGCGUGAGGAGGAGAUCGCUGAGCUCCAGAAAGCUCUCAGUGAUAUGCAGGUGUAUCUCUUCCAAGAAAGAGAGCAAGCGCUUCGACUGUACGCUGAGAACGACCGGCUGAAAAUCAGAGAGCUGGACGACCGGAAGAAGAUCCAGCAUCUUUUAGCACUCGUGGGUCCGGAUCCAGGCGAGAUCACUUAUUUUCACCGGGAACCUCCACAUAAGGUCACUAUUUCUCAAAAGAACAUCCAGCCGAGAUCACAGGAGGAUUUAAAGGUGGCAAAACCAAAGCCAGUAUCAGCAAAAGGUACAUUUCAUACUGCAGGCAACAGGAAAUCAUCUAAAGAAGGAGAAGAUGCUAAAAGUUCAGAGCAGCACAAGAGAGACAACCAGACUUUACUGCUCCAGGUGGAGGCGCUCCAGGCUCAGAUGGAGGAGCAGACGCGGUUGGCUAAGGAGCAGGUGGAGGCUCUACUUGAAGACCGACGCAUUCAUCUGGAGGAGCGACAAGUGCAGCACAAACGCGACCAGGACAGAAUCACGGCCCUCGCGGACAAACUCCAGCGGACACAAAAUCUUCUGUACGAGAGCACCAAAGACUUCCUGCAGCUGAAGUUUGAGAGUCGAGCUCAUGAGAAGAGCUGGAUGGUUGAGAAAGAUCGUCUGCUGCAAGAACUGGACUCGUGUCAGGAGAGACUCAGAGAGACACGCAGUCUCCCCGAAGAACGUCCUCCAUCCGUAGAGCCUCAGUUUAUCACACGAUCCAGCCAUGAGGCCAACCAGACCCGUCGAGAGGAGAUCAGGGCUUUGCAGGAGGAUUUAAAACAGGCUCAUAAACUAGCUGACAUGUAUAGAGAGCAGUGCGUGGCGCUCGAAACUGACCUGUCCCAAAUCAGAGAAGAGGGUGAUGUGGGACGAGAGAUAUUCAAGGAGCGCUCUGAUAAGAUGGCCAAGCGUCUACAGCUGAUGACCAAACGUUAUGAAGCUCUGGAGAAGAGACGUGCCAUGGAGGUUGAAGGGUAUAAGACGGACAUCAAACUUCUGAGGCAGAAAGUCAAAGAUGUGGAGAAACUACUGUUUAAAUUGACACUCAACGUUGGUCCUAAUCAGGAUUUGGCAGUGAUGGAUGAAGUGCGACAGACCAACAGGCGCACAGAAAAAGUGCAGAAUGAGCUGAAGACCCUAAAGACAAAAAUCUCCAGAUUGGAGAAAGACCUGAGGUUCUGCUGAAGCUAAACUUACUUGGGUAUCAAUGUGACAUUUUCAUGAUCUGUUCAUCACCAACCAAUAUCUGUAAGACAUUCAUGGUGACUGGAUGUAUGUAUUUAAAGAAGAAAGCUGGAUUUUUUUAUUUGUGCUUUGUCCAUAUGAGUUAAAUAAAGAUAUUUUUCAUU